CUACCUCACUUGCCUUCUAUCCGAAACCUACCUUGCACUCAGUACAAUAAUUGUUGAAGGAUGGCGUCGAGUCCCGGGCGGCGUAGUUGUGCCGACUACCACGUCGCGUGGAUAUGCUCUGUGGCCGACGUCGAGCUGGUGCCUGCGCGGUUGAUGCUGGACGACGAGCACCCUACUCCGCCGUAUAACACGCAUUACGACGAGAACACGUACAUCUGCGGCACGAUUGCGGGCCAUGCUAUCGUUGUUGCCACCUGUCCGCACGGAGAGACAGGCAACGUUAACGCUGGCCGUUUGACGGGGCCCAUGUUUAAGACGUUCCCUAACAUUAGGAUGGCCGUCGUUGUUGGCAUUGGAGGCGGCAUCCCUCGCGCAACCGCCUCGGAUGAUCCACUCACCGACAUCCACCUCGGCGACGUGGUCGUGGGGUGGCCCGGCGACGGCAAGCCCGCCUGUGUCUACCACGAUCGGGGCAGGUCGAAGGUCAAUGGGCAGUUUGAGAUGGUCGGUACGAUGCAGAACCCGGACUGGCGGCUCACGAACGUGCUCGGCGUCCUCGCAUCAGACCAGGAGUUGGGUCGAAAUACCUUUGCUGAUCAUCUUGCGCGAUUGCAGAGCCAUGAGAAAUUUGCCCACCCUGGAACUAAGCACGACAGGCUCUUUAAGGCCACAUAUCGCCACGUCGGAGGAUACGGAUCGAACUGCGCGGCAUGCGAUCAAAACGAGCUCGUUCAGCGACCCCAGCGAACCAAAGGCGACAAGCAUAAGCUAGUCUUUCACCAAGGGAGAAUCGCCACUGGCAAUUCAGUCAUCCGGGAUGGCGAGUUGAGAGAUCAGAUUGGCGCGAGGUGUGACGGAGCGCUAUGUGUCGAAAUGGAAGCUGCUGGCGUUGACGUCUACAGACGAUGUCUGGUCAUCCGCGGCAUCUCCGAUUACGCAGAUUCGCACAAGGAUGACAUGUGGAGGUCUUACGCAGCUGGAAACGCGGCCGCAUUUACCAGGGCGUUCCUCUGCAGGACACAACCAGAUGUGGUCAAGGACAUGAAAUGGGUAUCUGAAGAAUCAACCUUACUAGACUUCGACAGUCCUCAAGGCCGGGAUGUAUCCACCGAUGUGCGCUUCAGAUUACCGCGAAGACGAGGCCCUACCACGGACCUACUACCUGGACUUUUAUCGACCUGGAUGGCAUCAUUUAGCCUGCCUGGUUAUCACGAGAUGUUCAAAAAGAUCCUCGAUGACAGGCUCGCCUCUACCUGCGAAUGGAUACUUAGUUGCGACGCAAUUUCGUGGUGGCGCACCAGAAGACAGCCGUCUCUUCUCUGGAUAACCGGCAGCCCUGGCGUAGGCAAGUCGACUGCUCUGGCCCACUUGGUGAACGAACCCUCAAGCUCUCGAUCCGCGCCCGAAUGGGGGCGCAGAAGUGCUAUGGUUCAUAGCUUCUGCGUUGAUGGACUGAACAGCACCGCGAGCAGCGUGCUAUCCGUCGCAAUCCACCAACUGCUUGUCCAGUUUCCGGAGGCAAAAAAUAACACCUGCAUAUUCGAUCGCGACCUUUACAUGGUGGCAAAAGCUGGGGGGCAUCAAUGGAUACCAAAACCAGGGAAAUCACGCCCUUACUUACACCUCUGGAACAUAUUCUGUAAGCUUGCGGAAGAAGCCGAGAUCGAUACGCUGUUCCUCGUUAUUGAUGCCCUGGAUGAAUGCGAUCUACAAUCUCAACAAGGCUUGUUUCGACUUUUUCGACCAGCCGUGGGCCAAAGUCCCUGCAUCAUUGUCCUGUUUUCAAGCCGGCCGCACUCGGAGCUUCAGGAAAUGUACUCGCGAUACUCCGUGCAAGAACCACAAGCAUUUCGCCAUGAGAAGAUGGAGCUCCUGGAGGACCAUAUCAACGACGAUAUAGGACUCUAUAUUCGCACAGAGGUUGCUAGAAUUGCGGAGUCGAUGUACUACUCUAACGGAGAACAAGAGCAGAUUCGCGCAAAAUUAUUGCGCGAGCGCUCUGGGAUGUUCCUCCCAGUGGUGCUACUACUCCGAGAGAUCGGACACACCAGACGCCGCCCUUUAGAGCAGAUUCUCAAGCAAAUCCCGACCAAUUUAAGAGCAUUGUAUGGGAGGCUGUUCGAGAAUCUCUCAAAUAACCUGCCGCCCGGAAAGCAGCGAAUGCUGAAGUAUCUGGCGUACUUAGUCGGAGAUAUAACUCCUCGCGAUAUAGCGUAUACGUGCUACACCUUAGAAGUUUAUUAAUUAACCCGUGUCGCUUUAGCUAAGAG